UUGUUCCUUACCAAGUUUGGUACCAAAGCCACCUAAACGCGCAUCAGUCAGGAGGCUGAUAAACAGCUUCAGCAAAGGGGUUGAUGGUAGACCAGGGCAGAGCCUUGCUAAUAUUCCUCCUCAUAUCAGGAGGCCGAGGAAGAGUGGGGUUGUUUUGUCAUCUGACACAGGGAAUGGUAAUGAGGGAGGUUCAGUCAUCAGUGGAAACAAUAACAACAAUGGCUGGCCUGAAGGCAGGGAUGACCUGGAUGUAGAUAGCCUACCACCUCCACCCCCAGAAGUUCUGAUGGACAAUUCCUUCCAGAGUACUGAAGGUGCACCAGGUAACGGGGCAAGGAAACAGGAAGACUCAGUCAGAAGUCUCCCAAUGAUAAAUCAAAGCACUGGAGUUUCCCAGCGCCUAAAGGCAUUCAUACAGAAUGUGGCAGUGCUGCCGAACCGCGCCAGUGUGGGGCCGACCCGUCCCGUCAGGCAAGAUGCUCAUAUGGGGGCUCAAGAGGCAGAACAGCAACAAGAAACUGAUCUGGAUCCAGAACUUGAGAAGGUUAAUGCUCUGUAUCAACAGGCGCGCAAGAUCAUUCACCUGCGCAAUGCAUCAGAAACUCCCGACAAGAGGAGUUUGGCAGAACAAAGAGGCCCUUCACCACCACAAGCCAGAAUGGGACAGAAAUAUGACAGCAGUGAGUUCUACGAUGGUGAAAUGGCCUCUUCUAGCUUACCUGUGACAGCACCACCUGUUUCUAGAGUGCGUCUUCCGCCAUCUGGUCCCUCAGUGUGCCAGAGGUAUCCCACCCCUCCUGUAAACAGACCUCAGUCAGCCUCCAGGUCCUCAUCCCGCCCAGGCUCUCCUAGAAAAGUGACUCGUGCCACAGAUAAAAACCCUGAGAAUAUCAUCCCAUCUGUUUCUUUCCGCGAUGCCCGUUCAGUCUUCUGCUCGAAAGAGUCCCCUGGUAGUUCUGUACUUCCCAGACCAUGGGGAGAGGGCUCUCGAGGCAGGCUUACCACAAAAGGAAUGGACAACUCCACCCGUCGAACCCAAUCAGAGCAGAGGCCUGGUUUGACUUCCCAUUCAGAUGGAAGUUCAGCCUCCCGCCUGACCAAGGAGGAGUGAGCCCAUGGCCACAAAAUGAUGGUCAGGAGGCCCUCUGAUGACAGGAGACAGACGCCAGUUGGACACAGAUCUACCUGUGACUACAGCCGAGGGCCCGGCUGCCAUUGGUCAGAGCGCCUGUAGUGAACUACAGGGCGGGAAGGAAAUGGUGAAAGGGAUUACAGAUUAGCAGGACGGGAGUUUUAAUCCCUGUCCUUUUCUUCUCUCCUCUGAUUGAUGAGGUCUGUUCCAAAUGUGGGUUUAAGAUGCACUUAUAUUAUCAAUCAAAGGGUUUUUAAGGUGAUGAACAUUUUCAUGACUUCUUAAAUCAUUGUCAGAAUUUAUAAGUAUCACUUUUAGAAGGAAGAACUUUAUCAAGUGUUUUUGUCUUAAUCUACGUUUGAUGCAAAAGAAAAAAAUACAUUCAAAGAUUUUAUUAUUACAGACAUUGUCACCUAAAUCCCUUUAAAAUGUUCCUUCAGAUUAAUGUAUAAACAUCAGAGCUUGGAGAAAAUGUGGGAUUAUGGUGUCCUUGUGUUUGCUGUAACAGUUCUGAACUAUCAUAUGUAGCAUGAGUGUUUUUAUAUGUACUCAAAGACAGUUCUGAUGGCUCAAACUAGCUUUCUUUUUGUGUUGACAUUGUUUUCUACCUCGACUGUGCACCAAUGAAAGAGAAGUCUUCAAUAAAAAAACAGCUAUAAUCUG